AUGUCCGUAACAGCACAGCACGAAGGCCUAUGUCUCAGAUAUCCAGAGACAUUGGGUCUGCAGCCCAACAUCCUCGCAUACGAGAUGGCCGUCUCCAUGCUCCUCCGCGCAACCCAGCUGGCCCAGCACACACCGUUCACAUGGGGGUACAUCGACAAACCGCCAGAGGGACAGUUGUUCCUUAUCUUUUUGACGCCCCAGCUGCCAUUCCCGCCUGAUGGCAUCCGGUACCAAGAGCAGGAGCAGAAGGGGAUCAUUCCGGCCGGAGGGGGCAGGGAACUCGAAGUCAUGGAGGUCAAGUUCGGUUUCGUCCCGGGCGCGGACUCCAUGGCAUGGCGCGUGCGGCGGCGCUACCGGCUGCAAAAGGGCGGUCACCCACAGCUCGUGCUGAUUCACUACACUCGCGGACAGUCUAUGCCGAUCAUGCCCGCCCUGAACCAGCCCAUCCGCGCGUACCCGCUUCGCGAAAUCAACGAGCCCGCUGUGUUCGUCAUGGGCGACAAGUUGGGACAGAAGGUCUAUCCCAGGGGGGCUGCCGCAGACCGCCAGCCACCACCUGCGCUGGGCGUGCCCUUCACCCCGGGCAUGCCUGCCAAUCCGCAGGCGCUGCUGGCGCAGCAGAACAGCAACAUGGAGGCGCUGGAGCGGAGGAACCAGCGGGAUCGCAAUGGGAACGUGGGCGCUCGCCAGCAGCAGCCACAUCAGAGUCGAAUUGAGGAAGAUGAUUCUGCAGAUGAAGGCGACAUGAUUUCCACACGGACUCUGGCGCUGACGCGCUACCGGCGCAAUCACGAUCUCAUGAAUGAGGUUUUCAUGUUCGCAGCAUUCGGCCGUAAGAAGGAAUUCGAGACGCCCCCACCGCCAUUCUCCAUCUUCGACUCCAAAACGUUAGAAGGGAAAGUCGCAAAACUUUCAGCUGAAGUGGAAGAACUGAAAUCGCGAGCGGCCGCGCGGAGAGAACAAAGGGUGAAUGCUGAAUCGGAAGAGACGGUCGAUAUUUUAAUGGAGUCGAUACAAUCAACUGGCGAGGGAAUCGUCACUUAG